GACAAAUGAUUUUCCCAUUGCUCAGUAAACCGCCAUCAUGGGGGAUGGAGAAAUGGAGUGUUUUGGCCCGGCGGCCAUUUACCUCCGGAAGCCAGAGAAAGAGAGGAUUGAGGCCCAGAGCAAACCCUUUGAUGCCAAAACGGCCUAUUUUGUGGCUGAACCAAAGGAGAUGUACCUCAAAGGGGUUCUUCAAAGUACAGAGGGGGGCAAAGCCACUGUUAAGACUUUGUGUGGGCAAACCAUUACAGUUACGGAGGAUAACAUUUACCCAGUGAACCCUCCAAAGUUUGAUAAAAUGGAGGACAUGGUCAUGAUGGCCCACCUCAAUGAGCCCGCUGUGCUGUUCAACCUCAAAGAGCGUUACGCAGCAUGGAUGAUCUAUACCUACUCUGGGCUGUUCUGUGUCACUGUGAACCCCUACAAGUGGCUCCCAGUGUACGAUGCUGUUGUUGUGGCCGGCUACAGGGGCAAGAAGAGAGUUGAAGCUCCUCCCCACAUCUUCUCCAUCUCUGACAAUGCCUAUCAGUUCAUGCUCAUGGGUAUAAAUAACCCAAAAUAUGGAUUUGUUUUGUAAAUUUGACGUACUACC